GCCACCGACCGGGCCCCGAUGCCAGGCGUUUCCGCCCGGGGCCUCUCUCUCGAGGAGAGGAGGCAGCUAGCUGUGAAUCUCACCCGGGUGCUGUCGCUCUACCGUUCCAUCCUGGACGCCUACAUCAUCUCUCAGCUCAAGUGUCAACUCAGGUCUUUUCCUCAUUAGUCUUACCUAAAGUGGUACUGUCUCAACGUCUCCUACUGUUUUGUUAGUGUUUUCUUAUCCAUGUGUCAUUUGAUGUUCUGAAAAACAUCUCUUUUUAAUGUGAACUGUGCAAGAGUAAGAAUUUUGUCUGUCUGGUUCAUUGUUGUAUCCUCAGAGCCUAGAAUAGAAUGUGGUGCAUACACAAAACUCCAGAAUUUGUGUUCAACAAAUGAAUGAAUAAAAAUACAUUCUGGCCUAUCAAGUGUCUGACAUAUAUACAGGUCCGUUACUAAAUGGUAACAUACUAACACUGCAUGUUAGUCACUGUGGUGGUGUGGAUGGGAUUGUAGAGAAGGCACCAUCCUUCUCUAGGUUCUUCAUUCAGUUGAAUGGAGAAAACACAAAUAAGUGGGAAAUUGGUAGCUAAACGGAGCGGUGUGUUCAGAACGCAGUCUGGGCUCUGAGGAAGGAGUGGGAGGCUGGGCCGGGCUUUAGAGAAGAGGUAGCUCGGAUGCGUAGUAGGUACCUGCUGGUUGCAGCCAGUGGCCCUGUGUUGAGAGUGGGGUGGGAAAGCUUGGGAAAGGUAGGAGCCUGCUGAUUGCUUCUCCCCUUCUGCAGGAAUUUUUUACAGACAACCUGUGGGGCACACUCCCUUGCUCAUGGCAGGAAGCAUUGGAUGGACUGAACCCACCACAGCUGGCCACACAGCUGCUGGGGAUGCCUGGGGAAGGGGAGGUGGUCAGGUACAGGUCAGUGUGGCCACUCACCCUGCUGGCCCUGAAGUCCACAGCCUAUGCCUUGGCCUUUACCCGGACACCUAAGUUUCAGGCCCCCUCAGAGUUUCGGGAGAACCCCAGCCAGAGCUCCCGACUUAAAGCUCCGUUCCGAAAACAUGUCAGGCCCAAGAAGCAGCAUGAGAUCCGGCGGCUGGGAGAGUUGGUGAAAAAGCUGAGUGACCUCACAGGCUGCACCCAGGUUGUGGAUGUAGGCUCAGGCCAGGGCCAUCUCUCCCGCUUCAUGUCUCUGGGGCUAGGGCUGAAGGUGAAGAGCAUCGAAGGGGAUCAGAGGCUGGUGGAGAGAGCCCAGCACCUGGACCAGGAGCUCCUGCAGACUCUGGGAAAAGAGGAGAAGAGGAGCCCGCAGGAGGGAACACAGAGGACAGACCCCUCCUGCAGCCUGAGGUGGCAUGGGGACGGCACACAGACUUCCCAGCUGCCUUGUCCUUUCCUCCCUCCACAGGUGGUGCAAACGCACUCUCACCGCUCCCCGCACCAUGUGGCCCAGUGGGUAGACCCUAGGACCCUGUGUGAGGAGGUUCUGCUUCCGCUGGAGACCUCCCCUCAGGGUGAGGCCCGCUUGCUGCUGACAGGCCUCCAUGCCUGCGGGGACCUGAGCGUCGCCUUGCUGAGGCACUUCUCCUCCUGCCCUGAGGUGGUGGCCCUGGCCUCAGUGGGCUGCUGCUACAUGAAGCUGAGUGACCCUGGCGGCUACCCACUGAGUCAGUGGGUGGCUGCGCUGCCUGGCCAUGAACUGUCCUACAGGCUGCGGGAGGGGGCCUGCCACGCCCUGGAGGAAUACGCCGAGAGGCUACAGAGAGCAGGCCCUGGCCUCCGGACCCACUGCUACCGGGCAGCACUGGAGACGGUCAUCCGGCACGUCCAGCCCAAGCUCCGUCGGCCAGGCGUGCAGGGGAUACCCAGGGUCCACGAGCUCAAGAUUGAAGAAUAUGUGCAGCGGGGGCUGCAGCGGGUGGGGCUGGAUCCCCAGCUGCCACUGAAUCUGGCUGCUCUGCAGGCCCACCAGGCCCAGGAGAACCGCGUGGUAGCUUUCUUCAGCCUGGCCCUGUUGCUGGCCCCACUGGUGGAGACACUGAUUCUACUGGACCGGCUGCUGUUCCUUCAGGAGCAGGGCUUCCAUUCUGAGCUCCUGCCCAUCUUCAGCCCUGAACUCUCUCCCAGAAACCUGGUUUUGGUGGCUACCAAGAGGCCCCUGGGUCAGGCCUUCUCUGUUCUGGAGACUGAAGACGCUGAUGCACUCUGAGGAAAGGUGCAUCUUGGACCCCAUCUGAAACCACCCAGGUGCCACAGUGGGCGGCAGAGUCUGCACUCCUCACCCAGAGAAGCAGCAUCCUGCAUCCUCCCCAGAAUCAUGGUGUCCCACAGACCUUCAGCUUCGUACUCUCUCUCCCUCCAUGUGUUAUGUAAUAUUAUGUAAAAACUUAUUUUUAAUUUAUUAAAAAUUUAAAAUCUU